AUGGGUCUAGAAGACUUUGAAAAGGAACUUGCGCAGAGCAAAAAGAAGGACGAAAGGAAGAAGCGCGACCGGAGCAGGAGUCGCGACAGGCACCACCACAAACAUCGUUCAUCGCGCCAUCACGACAACGACGACCGAGACCACCGCCACAAGCGAUCGCGACACCAUCGAGAGACAUCGGAAGAGCGUGCACGGCGGAAGAGGAAAGAAAGACAUGACAAAGAUGAUCGGUCGCGACGGAAGCACAAGGAGCCCGCGUCAAGUGACGAGGAAGAUCGAUUGACGCGAAAGCGCAAGUCGCGACACUACCAUGAAGAUGACUCUUCCGGAGGCGAGGAUCCCCAAGAAAAGAGCUAUGCGCCGCCAGACGACGACCUUCUAGACCAACAACUCGAGGACGCGGCGACGGCAGAUCUGCAACGCGAUGACUGGAUGAAGGCACCGUCAUCUAUGGACGUCGACUACGUGCAGCCGAGCAAGAGGGAAGAGAAGGCUACAUACGUCAAGGCGUCGGACGAGGGACAACCCGCGCUCAAGAUACACCACGCAGAACUGAACCGUGGUUUGGCGGAUCCCAAGGGCCAAGAAACCGUUGCUGAAGAGCCUGCGCAGAGAGAAGUCAGCUACACAUUUGGCGACUCGGGCGCACAAUGGCGUAUGACGAAGCUGAAGGGAAUUUACCGGAACGCCGAAGAAUCAGGGCAAAGCGUGGAAGAAAUAGCAAUGGAGAAGUACGGCGAUCUACGAGACUUUGAUGAGGCGCGCGAAGAGGAGAUUGAGUUGGACCGCAGAAAGAUGUAUGGUAAAGACUACGUUGGUAAAGAGAAACCAUCCGGCGAACUCUUCCAAGAACGGAAGCUCAAGGAAGGCAUCCACAGACAGUCUCGCGAGUCGCACGAACCUUCAGAACUACCGCAAGGAGAACUAGUACAAGAUCCUCAACCGAUAACGAAUACCGUUAUGCUCAGCCAGACCGAGCUCAACAGGCUGAAAGCUCAGAUGAUGAAGGCGAAGAUGAAGAAAGCCCCUGAAGCAGCCCAGCUCGAAGCUGAGUACAACGCCGCCCUGGCCAACACUUCAACUUUCAAAGAUCGCGACGUUGUCGUACUAAACGCCACGGACAAUCGCAUGUUAGCCGGCGGCCGUCAAGGAGAAGUCAUAGCCCUGACUAAUAAACGCGGCACCGAGCGCGGUCUUGUCAAAGAAAACGAAGACAUGUCCAUCGAUGACAUGGUCCGGCAAGAGCGCCGCACCAAGAACCAAGCAGGUGGCGAAGGUGCUAUCCUCGCUGAAAAGAUAGCAAAAGACUCAAAGUUCGACAACGAUCUCGACUACAUUGACGACAACGCUACCAAACUCGCUGCCCGCGCCCCAAAGUCCUCAAUCAAUCUCCGCAACGCUGCAAUCCAAGACUACACAAAGAUGAACAAGAUACUCGAUUCCUGUCCGUUAUGCCACCAUGAAGAUAAAUCACCCCCGCAGCCACCCGUAGCUCCCAUUGUCAGCUUAGCAACACGCGUCUUCUUGACUCUCCCUACGGAACCUGAGAUUAGCUCUGGUGGCGCCGUCCUAGUCCCCAUUCAACACCGCACCAACCUUCUUGAAUGCGAUGACGACGAGUGGGAGGAACUGCGCAACUUCAUGAAGUGCCUAACGCGCAUGUAUCACGAACAAGGUCGUGACGUCGUCUUUUAUGAAAAUGCUGCUUUUCCUGGUAGAAAGGGUCAUGCGGCUCUGAAUGCUGUACCCAUUCCCUUCGAGCUAGGUGAUACGGCGCCUGCUUUCUUCAAGGAAGCUAUCCUUGAACAAGCCAGUGACUGGACACAGCAUAAACCGCUCAUCAAUACGCAAAAGGCGAGUCGUGAUGGCCUGGGUAAACAGGCUUUCCGCCGGAGUUUGGCAAAGGAGAUGCCAUAUUUCCAUGUUUGGUUUGAGCUUGAUGGUGGGCUGGGGCACAUUGUUGAAGACGAGAGGGCCUGGCCUAGGGGCGAUCUGUUUGCUAGAGAAGUCUUGGGAGGUAUGCUUGAUGUAGAUGUUGAGGUUGUCAAGAGGCAGGGCAGAUGGGUCAAGGGAGAUAGAAGGUUGGAAAGCUGGAGAAAGGGGUGGAGAAAGUUUGACUGGACGAGGGUGCUUACUGAGGGUCAGUGA